AUGUCGUCUCUUUUUGGUACAUCUUCAAUUUCUUAUAGAAAAGGUGGUAAAAGUUGUAUAAAAGUUGGAAUUCGUAUUCGUCCACGGAGUUCAAAAGAAAUUAAAGAAAAUGAUCCAUUUAUACUUUGUGUUAUGGAACCCUCAACUAUCAUUAUAAAUGAUGAUGAAAAAGAAAAAAAAUAUAGUGGAUAUGAUUUUAUAUUCAAUGAAAGUGUAACACAAUGUCAAUUAUAUAAAAAAAUGGUAGCUGAGUACAUUCCACAAUUAUUAACUGGGUACAAUUGUACUAUUUUUGCAUAUGGUCAAACUGGAACUGGAAAAACUUUUACAAUGGAAGGGAAAUGUGAUGAUUUAGAUUAUAAUAAAUCAUUCAGAUGGGAUUCAGAUGAUAAUACAGGAAUUAUAUUAAGAGCUAUGCAACAUAUUUUUACUAUGCUUAGUAUUCCUACAUGUAUUAAAAAAAAUAUUACAAUAACUUAUGUAGAAUUAUACAAUGAAGAAGUAUAUGAUUUACUUGGAAAUGAUAUUUAUAAAAAGCUAAAGAUUUUUGAUAAUGUUCAAAGUUCAGGAGGAGUUUAUAUAAAAGAUGUAAAAGAAUAUACAGUAAAUAAUAUGCAAGAAAUACAUGAAUUACUUAAACAUGGAACUUCAAUGCGUCAAACAGCUGUGACUGCAAUGAAUCAGAGAAGUUCUCGAUCUCAUUCAGUUUUUACAGCAGUUGUAGUUUGGGAUGAAAUUAUUGGAGAAGAUAUAAUAACAAGAAAAGGAAAAAUAAAUCUUGUUGAUUUGGCUGGAUCUGAAAAUAUUGGAAAAAGUGGAGCAACUAAAAAAAGUGCACGCGAAGCUGGUAAUAUUAAUACAAGUCUAUUAGCUUUAGGACAAGUUAUUAAUGCUUUAACAGAAAAAAGUCCACACAUUCCUUAUAGGUCAUCGAAAUUGACAAGAAUUCUUAAAGAUUCACUUGGUGGAUCAGCAUUAACGUGUUUGAUAGCUGCUGUUUCUCCUACCAAAUCUAAUAUAGGAGAAACUAUAUCAACUUUAGAAUAUGGAUUAAAAGCAAUGAAUGUAGAGAAUGAUAUUCGAGCGAAUAUAAAAGCAAGAAGAGAUCAGUUACCUUCAAAUUACGGAAUUAUAAAUGAUUAUCUUCAAGUGAUAAAUAUAUACCUUGAUGAUUCUAUUCAUACAGCAAAACGUAACAAAUUUUUUUCAAUAAUUGAUAAAGAUUUUUUCUCUAAAGUUGAUAAACUUAUUUUGAAUAAAGAUAAAAUUUCUGAGGAAACUAAGAUAUGUCUUUCUGACAGCACACAUAAUUUACGUAAAUUUCAAGAGCAAGUAAUUUCAAAAACAACAGGUUUUGAAAAAGACAAAUUUGAAACACUUACAAUUGAAGAUAAAGCAAAAUUAUUAGAGAAUAAAAUUGAAGAAAAAUCAAAUAUGUUUCAGAAAUUAAAAAAAAAUAAAAUGUAUUUACAAAAAACUAAUGAUAAUUCUAAAAAUGAAUUAUUUACUAAAACCAUCAAUUUAGAUAAAAAAUUUUUUCAAAUAAAUUAUCUUCACAAAAAGCAAGAAAGUUUUUUGUGCCAAUAUUUAGAAAACAUUAAAAAGUCAUUGAUUAAAUGUGAAAUAUUAAAAGAAGAAACUAUUUUUAAAAUUAAACAUAAGGUGGAAGAAAUAACUUUGGAAUAUAAGACUGAAUAUGAUAUUUUGGUAAAACAAAAUAAUGCCAAAACAAUGGAUAUCAAAGAAACUGCCAACAAUCUAUUGUAUGAAAUCAAAAAAGAUAGCGAACUCAUGUCAACAGCUCAAAUUUCACAAGAUCAAUGUGUUGAAUCAUUUAAAAUAAAAAAUAAUGAAAUUUUAAAAAUAACUAAUCAGAAAAUCAAAGAAUUGAAAAUGUUGGAGGAUUUUAACACAAAAUUGUCUUCUUCUUCCAGAGAACAGUUGGACCAAUUCAAUACGAUUAUCAAAGAUAUUGAUCUUUUACAUGUAUACAUUAAAAAAAUGAAAUCACUCAUUAUACAACCAGAUAAACAAAAAAAUUCCACAAAUUUAAGAAAGUAUAUAGAAGAAGUAGAGAAAAUGAAGUUUUAA